UGUCAGUUGUUUUUGCCUUUCCAUACUCUUCAUGGGAUUCUCAAUAGUGAAGUGGUUUGCCAUUGUCUUCUCCAGUGGACCAUGUUUUGAGUUAAGUGUUUUUAAAUCAAGAUAUAAUUGACCUAUAUAUAAGAUUAUGUUAGUUCCAGGUGUACAGCAGUGAGUCUUAUAUUUAAUUUGUUUGAAAGAAAAGUAGUAGAUUUCAUUCUUCUGAACAUUUCUUGUUCUCUGUGUCCUGUGGAAUAUUUUCAUUGUAUCACAUUCUGAGUGUUUUCUUUAAGGAAGGGAAUUUCAUACAACUCUAAAAUGUUGAAUGAGAGGACAACAAAAAGCAAGUGCUUUUUUUCCCUUGACCACAUCACAUGGCAUUUGGGAUCCCAAUUCCUUUACCAGGGAUCGAACCCUUGCCGCCUGCAUUGGAAGUGUGACCUCUUAACCACUGGACCAUGAGGCAAGUCCUUGCAAAUGCUUGAAGUACAACAGAUUGGCCUUUCCAGACUUUUGGAAGAAAACAAAUCAAAACAAGCAGUACGGUAGUGAUUACGUGGUUGGGGGCCAAAUUUUAGCUACUUCUUGCAAGAUUAAGUUGGAAACUAUAGGUUACUUAUUUCUUCUUCCUGCCCAUUGGUAUGUCUUUAAUGUAUCAGAGCUUAGUCAGGAAUAUAUGAAUUAGUCAACUUUGGCUAAAUUAUGUUGUAGUAACAAGCCCCAGAGUUUCCAACAACAAAAGUUUAUUUCUCAUAUUAAUGCUGUUGGCGUGCUGCAGUUCAGGGUGUCGCGAAGAGUGAGUCCAGCAAGACUGAGAGACUGAAGUGAACUGAACUGAACUCAUUCUUCAUUGGCCAAAGCAAGUCAUGUGGUCAAACAUGGCCUCAGGGUCCAAGAAACGUAAUGUGCUCCAGGGAUGAACAGCUAGGGAAGGGUUUGGCAAGGGAAGGACAGCAAAUAUUUUGAUCAUCACUCUAUCUGUUGCAGUGUAUUUUUGGAUGUAGUCACUUUACAAGGAAGUCUCGUGGGGUUUUUUUUGAAGCAUAUUUAUUUGGAGGUAGGGAAGGAAGGUUUGCAACCUGUAUUUUCAAACACCUUGAUAGUGUGUAUUGACUAUCUUAAUUACCAUUUUGGGGAUCUCAGCAGAUCCUGGAUUUAAUACAUGAUAACAGCUCAGUAAAUAUUUGUUGGAUUAGUGGACAAUGACUUCUAACAAUAAUAGGAAAGCCAUACUUUUCAUUAUCUUUACUGCCCUUUGCAACUUCUUGAAACAGUUUUAUAGAGAAGCUCCCAUAAACUAUGCCUGUUAUUUAUUAUAUGAAAAAUGAUUCUUCAGGGGUCAUUUUUACCAUAAAAGAAAUUGCUUUUUAAUCACCCACAUGUCCAUUAUACAAAAUUUAUAUUAAAUACAACUGAGGAGAGGACUGCCUUCUCUCUGGCAGCUCAGGACCACGGCUGAUACUGGUUAUUGUACACUGCACUGUGUUUCCUUUCCCUCCUUUCUUUCUCUAUGUGCUGUUUGAACAUUGUCCAUGUUUAUAGUCAUAUUGUGAUCGCUUAUUCUACUUUUUGCUGUAUCUCUUGUUUAACACAUAGUAUCAUGAAUUAACAAUUGGAAGGGUCAUAGACUAAAUAAAGGAGUCAUAAAAUUAAUUUUAGCUUUCCCUUUUCUGCUUUCCUCCGUAUGAACUAUUCAUUCAAUAAAGUUACAUCUUGUUCCUUUUCUCUCACACAUGAGGCAAGCAUGGAAAUGAGUAGAAGAAUGGUGAAAAGUAGACCAGAGUCCUGAAAAAUUUGGUGGGAGGUGGUUCAAAGAUCAGAUUGUCAGUUCUUGGGGCAUCAGGGUUAUUUUCUUUUUUAAUCUUUUCUUUUUCUUCGUUUACUAUGAAAUCACUUUUUCAUAGCUUGGGGUUUUCACAAUCUUUUGAAAAGUCAAAACUUGCUAAUAAGUUGAUUUGAGUCCUGUUAUCUUUUUGAAAUAUACUAGAUAAGUUUAAUGUGAGUCAUUCCAGAAUGUAGCCCCUGCUUGAACCUCUGUGUUGAGUACCCUCUUUAUCUAAGGUCAAAGCACUUAGUUAGCAACUGAGCUUUUGUAAGCAACCCAUUGUAAAAGUUCACCAUGCCUUGUUCUUCAGUAUCAUUAAUCAUCUUCCCUCUAAGCUUUGGAAACAUGGCUGAGUCCUGAGUCAUCAGGCCCUUCACAGUGCUGGUGAUCCACCCUGCUGAGGUACAUGCAUGAAAUAUUUGCUGUCUCAGUAUAAAUCUGAGGACUGGUUUGUCUCUUGAAACGUGUGGACCGAAUUCCUUAUAUGUUAACUGAAAAAUACAGUUUGUGUCCGUUUUACAAAGGGAUCUUAUCAGGCCUGUUAAAGUUACCAUAUAGAUGACACGAUUCCAGACUUCCUGUGCUUGAUGUAAUUUGCAAAUAUUUUGAAAUACCAAAUGCAGCCUCAGCAAGGCGUCGGUUAGCAAGGUGAAAGUAACAGAACCAUGGCUCAGUUUCCCACACCUUUUGGUGGCAGCCUGGAUAUUUGGGCCAUAACUGUAGAGGAAAGAGCAAAGCAUGAUCAACAGUUCCAUAGUUUAAAGCCAAUAUCUGGAUUUAUUACUGGUGAUCAAGCUAGAAACUUUUUUUUUCAAUCUGGGUUACCUCAGCCUGUUUUAGCACAGAUAUGGGCGCUCGCUGAUAUGAAUAAUGAUGGAAGGAUGGAUCAAGUGGAGUUUUCCAUUGCUAUGAAACUCAUCAAGCUGAAGCUCCAAGGAUAUCAGCUCCCCUCUGCACUUCCCCCUGUCAUGAAACAGCAACCAGUUGCUAUUUCUAGUGCACCAGCGUUUGGUAUGGGAGGUAUUGCCAGCAUGCCGCCGCUGACCGCUGUUGCUCCUGUGCCAAUGGGCUCCAUUCCCGUUGUUGGCAUGUCUCCCCCCCUAGUAUCAUCUGUUCCUGCAGCAGGGGUGCCCCCCCUGGCCAACGGGGCGCCCCCGGUCAUACAGCCUCUGCCGGCAUUUGCUCAUCCUGCUGCCACAUUGCCAAAGAGUUCUUCCUUUAGUAGAUCUGGCCCAGGGUCGCAGUUAAACACAAAAUUACAGAAGGCACAAUCAUUUGAUGUGGCCAGCGUCCCUCCUACAGCUGAGUGGGCUGUUCCUCAGUCAUCCAGGCUGAAAUACAGACAGCUCUUCAAUAGUCAUGACAAAACCAUGAGUGGACACCUAACAGGUCCCCAAGCAAGAACUAUUCUUAUGCAAUCAAGUUUACCACAGGCUCAGCUGGCUUCAAUAUGGAAUCUUUCUGACAUUGAUCAAGAUGGAAAACUCACAGCAGAAGAAUUUAUCCUGGCUAUGCACCUCAUUGAUGUAGCUAUGUCUGGUCAACCAUUGCCACCGGUCCUGCCCCCAGAAUACAUUCCACCUUCCUUUAGAAGAGUUCGAUCUGGUAGUGGUAUAUCUGUCAUAACCUCAACUUCGGUGGAUCAGAGGUUGCCAGAGGAACCAGUUUUGGAAGAUGAACAGCAACAACUAGAAAAGAAACUACCUGUAACCUUUGAAGAUAAGAAGCGGGAGAACUUUGAACGGGGCAACCUGGAGCUGGAGAAGCGGAGACAAGCGCUCUUGGAGCAGCAGCGUAAAGAGCAGGAGCGCCUGGCCCAGCUGGAGCGGGCAGAACAGGAGAGGAAGGAGCGGGAGCGCCAGGAGCAGGAGCGCAAAAGACAACUGGAGCUGGAAAAGCAGCUAGAGAAGCAGCGGGAGCUGGAGCGGCAGAGGGAGGAGGAGCGAAGGAAGGAAAUCGAGAGGCGGGAGGCUGCGAAACGGGAGCUUGAAAGGCAAAGACAGCUUGAAUGGGAACGGAAUCGAAGACAAGAACUAUUAAAUCAAAGAAACAAAGAACAAGAAGACAUAGUUGUACUGAAAGCAAAGAAAAAGACUUUGGAAUUUGAAUUAGAAGCUCUAAAUGAUAAAAAACAUCAAUUAGAAGGAAAACUUCAGGAUAUCAGAUGUCGACUGACAACCCAAAGGCAAGAAAUUGAGAGCACAAACAAAUCUAGAGAGUUGAGAAUUGCAGAAAUCACCCACCUACAACAGCAAUUACAGGAGUCCCAGCAAAUGCUUGGAAGACUUAUUCCAGAAAAACAGAUACUCAAUGACCAAUUGAAACAAGUUCAGCAAAACAGUUUGCACAGGGAUUCACUUCUCACACUCAAAAGAGCCUUAGAAGCGAAAGAACUGGCUCGGCAGCAGCUACGAGACCAACUGGAUGAAGUGGAGAAAGAAACUCGGUCAAAAUUACAGGAGAUUGAUAUUUUCAACAAUCAGCUGAAGGAACUUAGAGAAAUACAUAAUAAGCAGCAACUCCAGAAACAGAAGUCCAUAGAGGCUGAACGACUGAAACAGAAGGAACAAGAACGAAAGAUCCUGGAAUUAGAAAAACAAAAAGAAGAAGCCCAAAGACGAGCUCAGGAAAGGGACCAGCAGUGGCUGGAGCGCGUGCAUCAGGAGGAUGAGCAGCAGCGGCCACGAAAACCCCACGAGGAGGAGAAGCUCAAAAGGGAAGAGAGCGUCAAAAAGAAGGACAGUGAGGAGAAGGGCAAACCGGAAAUGCAAGACAAGCUGAGUCGGCUUUUCCACCAGCAUCAAGAACCAGCUAAGCCCGCUGUCCAGGCUCCCUGGUCCACUGCAGAAAAAGGCCCACUUACGAUUUCUGCACAGGAGAAUGUAAAAGUGGUGUAUUACCGAGCACUUUAUCCCUUUGAGUCCAGGAGUCACGAUGAAAUCACGAUCCAGCCGGGAGAUAUAGUCAUGGUGGACGAAAGCCAAACUGGAGAACCGGGAUGGCUUGGAGGAGAAUUAAAAGGAAAGACGGGAUGGUUCCCUGCAAACUACGCAGAGAAAAUCCCAGAAAACGAGGUUCCCGCCCCAGUCAAACCAGUGACUGAGGCGGCCUCCACCCCUACACCCAAAGUGGCUGUGCGUGAGACCCCCGCCCCUUCAUCUGCAACCCCUGCAGAGCCCUCCGAGACCCCCAACAACUGGGCCGACUUCAGCUCCACGUGGCCCACCAGCACGAAUGAGAAACCAGAAACCGACAGCUGGGACGCAUGGGCAACCCAGCCCUCCCUCACCGUGCCAAGCGCCGGGCAGCUGAGGCAGAGGUCGGCCUUCACUCCAGCCACGGCCACGGGCUCAUCUCCGUCUCCUGUUCUAGGCCAGGGUGAAAAGGUGGAGGGGCUACAGGCGCAAGCCCUGUAUCCGUGGAGAGCCAAGAAAGACAACCAUUUAAAUUUUAACAAAAACGAUGUCAUCACCGUACUGGAGCAGCAAGACAUGUGGUGGUUUGGAGAAGUUCAAGGCCAGAAGGGUUGGUUCCCCAAGUCCUACGUGAAACUCAUUUCAGGGCCCAUAAGGAAAUCGACAAGCAUGGAUUCUGGUUCCUCAGAAAGUCCUGCAAGUCUGAAGAGGGUAGCUUCCCCAGCAGCCAAGCCAGCUGUGUCGGGAGAAGAAUUUAUUGCCAUGUACACUUACGAGAGUUCUGAGCAAGGCGAUUUAACCUUUCAGCAAGGGGAUGUGAUUUUGGUUACCAAGAAAGAUGGUGACUGGUGGACAGGAACAGUGGGCGACAAGUCCGGCGUCUUCCCUUCUAACUAUGUGAGGCUUAAAGAUUCAGAGGGCUCUGGAACUGCUGGGAAAACAGGGAGUUUAGGAAAAAAACCUGAAAUCGCACAGGUCAUUGCCUCCUACACAGCUACAGGUCCUGAACAGCUUACCCUGGCCCCCGGUCAGCUGAUCCUGAUCCGGAAAAAGAACCCAGGUGGAUGGUGGGAAGGAGAGCUACAGGCACGUGGGAAAAAGCGCCAGAUAGGCUGGUUUCCUGCUAAUUACGUCAAACUUUUAAGCCCUGGGACGAGCAAAAUCACUCCAACAGACCCACCAAAGCCAACAGCUUUCCCAACAGUGUGCCAGGUGAUCGGGAUGUACGACUACACCGCGCAGAACGACGACGAGCUGGCCUUCAGCAAGGGCCAGGUCAUCAAUGUCCUCAACAAGGAGGACCCCGACUGGUGGAAGGGUGAAGUCCACGGGCAGGUGGGGCUCUUCCCGUCCAACUACGUGAAGCUGACCACGGACACGGACCCCAGCCAGCAAUGGUGUUCAGACUUACACCUCUUGGAUAUGCUGACCCCAACUGAAAGAAAGCGCCAGGGGUACAUCCACGAGCUCAUCGUCACAGAGGAGAACUAUGUGAAUGACCUGCAGCUGGUCACAGAGAUCUUUCAGAAACCCCUGAUGGAGUCUGAGCUGCUGACAGAAAAAGAGGGUGCUAUGAUUUUUGUUAACUGGAAGGAGCUGAUUAUGUGUAAUAUCAAACUACUGAAAGCGCUGAGGGUCCGCAAGAAGAUGUCUGGGGAGAAGAUGCCCGUGAAGAUGAUCGGAGACAUCCUGACGGCCCAGCUGCCACACAUGCAGCCCUACAUCCGCUUCUGCAGCUGCCAGCUCAACGGGGCCGCCUUGAUCCAGCAGAAGACUGACGAGGCCCCAGACUUCAAGGAGUUUGUUAAAAGGCUGGCCAUGGACCCACGCUGUAAGGGAAUGCCCCUGUCUAGUUUUAUACUGAAGCCUAUGCAACGAGUAACGAGAUACCCACUGAUCAUUAAAAAUAUCCUGGAAAACACUCCCGAAAACCACCCAGACCACAGCCACCUGAAGCACGCCCUGGAGAAGGCAGAGGAGCUGUGCUCCCAGGUGAACGAAGGGGUGCGGGAGAAGGAGAACUCGGACCGACUGGAGUGGAUCCAGGCCCACGUACUGUGUGAAGGCCUGUCAGAGCAACUUGUGUUCAAUUCCGUGACCAACUGCCUGGGGCCGCGCAAGUUCCUGCACAGUGGGAAGCUCUACAAGGCCAAGAGCAACAAGGAGCUGUAUGGCUUCCUCUUCAAUGACUUCCUGCUGCUGACCCAAAUCAUCAAGCCCCUGGGCUCCUCAGGCACCGACAAAGUCUUCAGCCCCAAAUCAAACCUGCAGUAUAAAAUGUACAAAACACCUAUCUUCCUAAAUGAGGUUCUAGUGAAGUUGCCCACUGACCCUUCUGGGGAUGAACCCAUCUUCCACAUUUCCCACAUCGACCGAGUCUACACCCUCCGAGCAGAGAGCAUAAACGAAAGGACUGCUUGGGUGCAGAAAAUCAAAGCAGCUUCUGAACUCUACAUAGAGACAGAGAAGAAGAAGCGGGAGAAGGCGUAUCUGGUCCGCUCCCAAAGAGCCACAGGCAUCGGAAGGUUGAUGGUGAACGUGGUUGAAGGCAUUGAGCUGAAACCCUGUCGCUCCCAUGGGAAGAGUAACCCAUACUGCGAGGUGACCAUGGGUUCCCAGUGUCACAUCACCAAGACGAUCCAGGACACUCUGAAUCCCAAGUGGAAUUCCAACUGCCAGUUCUUCAUCAGAGACUUGGAGCAAGAGGUGCUGUGCAUCACCGUGUUUGAGAGGGACCAGUUCUCGCCAGAUGAUUUUUUGGGUCGGACGGAGAUCCGCGUGGCCGACAUCAAGAAGGACCAGGGCUCCAAGGGUCCAGUUACGAAGUGUCUCCUGCUGCACGAAGUUCCCACGGGAGAGAUCGUGGUCCGCUUGGACCUGCAGUUGUUCGAUGAGCCGUAGGGAGCCCACUCAGGCGUGCUUGGCAGAACUCCAGCCCGAGGCAGCAGAUGCUGCCUGUCUGGAAACAGCAUGGCUUUUCGAGGACCGGCGUUUGGUGUUCGGCCACAGGGCAACAGGGCAGAGAAGACAGGCUCCUCCAAACUUCUUGACAAUCCUUUCCCCUAAAUCAUUUCCCACGUUAGGAAGCAGCACUGUGUUUUCCUUUGUCCUCACUGUGGGGCUCAUCGUGGCUUCUAGGGUCUUUCAAGUCCCAUCACCCCCCAACUACGUUUGGUGGGGUGUCUGGCCCGUCCCUGGGCCUGAGGCUUGGGUCUGGUUACUGUAAAAUAGGUUCAUAAAUGCAAUGUCUGUAUUUUUGGGGAACUCAUGGGACCCUCCUGCUUCUUACCUCCACCAGCCUCCAGCAGGCCCUCCAGGAUGUCCAGUCCUUGGUGUGUUUAGAAAUGAUCCCACUGAUCAUGUCAUUGCUUCAGAAUCUCAUUUCCCCACUGGGACCUCAUUGGAAAUGCUGCCCUGGGUCUGAUCACCUGGGGAGAUGGUCUUCUGAUCAGAUGCUGGUCUAAGCCAUGGAAGAUUCCGGCAGGCGUGUUGUUAGGGUUUUUCCAGUCUCCUCCAGAUCUUUUUACUGGUAGCUGUCAAUGGAAACUAUCACUGGCUACUGCCAGGAGGCCUGAUCCUGGUUUCCCGCACCCCUGGAAGAGGGUUAAGGGAGGUUGUCUACCUAGUUAUACUCUGCGGGACUAGGUCGCUGUAGCUCACCUGAAAGGCUGUUGACGAUGUUAUUGGGUCCCCAUCUCCAGCCCUGCUGGACAUUCCCUUUCCGCUUAGAGGUCCUGUGUUUCAGAGCAAGAGUGGUUGCUGGUGACCAGCUCUGAGCCUCUUCCUGCCUGCUUGUCAUGGGCAAUUUCCGCACGUGUCUUUGGUACGUUCCUCCCAAAGGUGUCCCCAAGGUGUGCAAAGGAAAACUGACAAUCUGCAGAGGAAAUCUAUUACUGUGGUGGGGGAGAGACGCUAGGAGUGGGCAAGCCCCUCGGUUCCAGGGAAGGAGACCUGAGACUCCUUCCCAAAGCCCGCCGUAUACAGCCAACCUCUCAGUAACAGAAGGACGCACGGCGUGAUGCCAGAAUCAGGAGUGUAUGACCAUGUGUCAAGUUCGGUUUGAGUUUUUUGUUUUUCAGAUUGUUAGUGGAGUAUAGUUGGUUUACACCGCGGUGUCGGUUUCUGCUGUACAGCAAAGUCAAUCAUCCAUGCAUAUUCAUAUGUCCCAUCUUCUCUGGGUUUCCUUCCCAUUUAGGUCGCUGCAGAGCUCUGAGUGGAGCUCCUUGUGGUGUACAGUAGGCUCUCACUAGUUACCCAUUUUAUCCAUGGUAGUGUAUAAAUAUAUGUCAGUCCCACUGUCCCAAUCCACUGCCCCCCGCCCCCGCCUCCUUCUCCCUCGGUAUCCACCCAUCUGUUCUCUAUGUCUUUAUCACAUAAAAUCAUCUAUACCACUUUUCUAGAUGCCGCAUAUAUACGCUAAUAUAUGACACUUGUUUUUCUCUCUCUGACUUCACUCUAUCUGACAGUCUCUAGGUCCAUCCACAUCUCUGCAAACGGCCACAGUUCUGUUCCUUUUUGUGGCUGAGUAAUGCCAGUUUGAGUUCUUUCAGUUUUUGUCCUUAAAUGCCAGGAGAUAGGCUGGUUGACUAGGUAAGAAUUGAUUUGCUCGUGGCAAGCGUGGCUCGUUCUUUGUUUGCAUGUUAACGCUCCCAUAAUCCCAGUUUGUCGUUUUUUCAUGAAAUGUUCAUUGCAUGUUCUCUCAGUCGUGGAAUCUAGCUUUCCUGGGUGAGACGGUGUUCUCCUUGGUUGUAGGUCCUUAGAAUUUAAUUAGGAUUGUAGAAAUGCAUUCUAAAGAUAGCAUGGGCACUUCCCUGGUGGUUCUGGUGGUUAAGACUGUGCUUCCACUCCUGGGGGUGCAGGUUCCAGCCCUGGUUGGGAAACUAAGAUCCUGCGUGCCAAAUGGUGUGGCCAAAAAAGAGGAAAAAAAAAAAAAGAUAGUGAACUACCCACUUUGCUGGGAACCGAAUACGUCAUGUCAUCCUUUCCCAUAAGAGGUCUGUCAUCAUUCAAGCAAUUUUUAAAAUGUAUGUGUCGGAAAGGGCAACAAAGUUUACAUUUCAUACUUUUAAGAUACACUUUAUUAUUUAUUUAUUAAAGAUAGUGUAGACUUUUGUAUCAAGAACAACAGACAUAAGUAUUUUUUGAAACAAGCGGAUCUACCCUUUAGUUAGUAACUCUCAGCUGAAGACCUUAGAGACCAAGUUCAACUUCAAGCAUGCAUUCAUUUACCACUUUCCAGCAGCAAGCAUGGUUCGGAUACUUUAAGUGUAUAUGUACGUUUCGAUGCUGUUAGGAAACCAUUUUAAGUGAAACCUGUGAAUAGACCUACCAGUCACACCUUCCUAUGUCUAUACCCAAUGCAGUUUGUUCAGGGUCUUUAUGGAGGAUACGUGACUAUAUGGUAGAAAAAGAAGGGUUGCCUGUGUACACGGAGUCAUAUUGGGUCACCAGAGCAAUCCCUUUCUUCCUUCCUUUUCUUCAUUGGCUUUCUUUGCGUGUGAAUGUUGGGCAUCACCAUUCAUGUAGGGUGGGUGUGAUGCGCUCAGUGACAAACAUCUUGUCGCCUUUUUUGGUCCACCAGCUCACCCACCCAUGCAGAGUCCCAUUAUCGGAAUUAAUGUCGCGAGAAGAAGCAAUAUGUGAGUCUUUUCUCCCAGGUGUACUGAGCACCCUUGCGAUGCUCCUCCGGGGCAGCGAUUCUGGAUGAGUGCCCUUGUACUCACCAGGGUGAUUUGUAAGGUGACUGAUCCUCCUUACGGGUGAGAUAGGCUGGCUGUCAGAUCCAGCUGUGACUCAGGAAUGUGGAUGACGCAUGGAGUCUCCAAUUCUUUGAGACUAGUCCUUCGUGUCUACCUUUUUGGGCAGCCGGGGCUGUAUUUCAUAGAGAUGAAACGAUACCUUCUGUGUCCUAGCUCUUUGCUUUCCACACACAGGGUUUCCCCUGGCCACUCCCUUCUGGCAUUGACUCCAGCCCUCCAGACAUCCUGAGUUUCCUCCUUCUCUGAGCCACGCUGACCUCGUCUAAGCCCAGCAAGGGAACUGCUAACAGAGCCGUGCCCUGAGGACAGGAGCCCUUGGGCUGGGCCUCCUUUGUCAACCAGCUCUCCCAGUCCCUCUGGGGCAGGGUCUUUCUGUCAGGCAGGUGGGCAACAUGUCUCCUGGAACCAGAGCAGCUGUGACCCUCCUACCAGAGCCUGAGGAUGUGGUUCAUUCAGAUCCAGGGCUGGCCUCAGGUACACACACUCAAACAUGCACACACACAGAUCUUUCUAGGCUGGGGUCUCCAGAUGUGCUUGAGAGACUGGGGCCAGGCAUCCUACAUGUCCCUGACCUCUGAUGGCAGAGGAGAGAGCUAUGCUUCCAAGGAAUGUUCAUGUUAAAAGGGGAAUUAUUUCUUUUCUUUGCGUUUGGAACAAUUUAAGCAUGACCUAAGUCUAGGAAGGUAACUCAUUUCAGCUGGUUAGUACUAUUGAAUUUAAUGAGAAAAAAAUCCAUCCAAAAGUGAGUAAAUUACCACUUGCAUUGUCUUGGUGACCUGGUGCCCCAAACCCCUGUCUCUCCAGGAGUAGACGGCUGCAAGCAUAAAGCCACUGACUACAGCAGAGCGGGGGUGUUCUAGAAUCCAGUGGGGCUGGACAACAAAGCAAAGGGAGUGAGUGAAAUGCUUCUGGUUUUAUCUGGAAGGAGAUCUGGGAGUCUAUUUUAGAGUUUUGCCAAUACCGUGAAAGUGAAAGUCGCUCAGUCGUGUCCGACUCUUUGUGACCCCAUGGACUGUAGCCCACCAGGCUUCUCUGUCCAUGGAAUUUUCCAGGCAAGAAUACUGGAGGGGGGAGCCAUUCCCUUCUCCAGGGGAAUCUUCCUGACCCAGGGAUCGAACCUGGGUCUCCUACACUGCAGCAGAUUCUUUACCGCUAGCACCACCUGCCUGUACUUUGAGGAGCGGAAAAAGACUUCUGUCUCUACUCCGGAUGGCUUUUUCCCUAGCUGGUGGGGCUUUUUUGGUUCACAGAGAGGAUGUUCCUUUUGUGCAUGUAACAGUUUUAAGAAUUUCCAUUGGGAACAGCAAGUAGAUUUUCAUUCUGUGUCAGUUCAUUGUGUUUUCCCUUCUCUUUGGGGCUGGAGACGAGCUUUACAGCGGACACUGGCAUGUAGAAAUGGACCCCUGCGUGCUUUCGAGGUGGCAGGGUCACUUCAGACUUGAGGCUAGUGUGAGCUUAGCGAGGGGUCUGCCUGCUCCAGGUACCCUUGCUUUACAAGUUCAGAGCCUCCUGCGCAGGAAAGUGAGGCAAUGACGACAGAGGAGGCUGGAUAUUCUUGACUGGCUUUUAGGAUUAGGACUUUAAUUCUUACCCAGCAGAAGCAUGAUUGGUGAACUGGGGACAUGGUGAAGCCCUCAGAUGCUGUGGUCUGAGUCACCCUAAAGGGUAUUUGGUUAAACUAAAACUGUCCUCUUUUUGCACCCAGUGGCUUCUCCUGGCUGCAGGGAAUGGCUCAGGUCAGCUGCCAAGACUCAGCUGGCAGUGCCCAGAGCCAUGUUUUAUGGGGGCCGCUUAGUAUUGUGUCAGUAUGGUUGGGAUGUUUAUUGCACUUGGAAAGCAGCCAUUUCUUUGAGCUAGAGGAAAGGAACAUUCUAGAACUUUCACUUCCUCACCCUGCAUUGUGUCAGAUCCAGGAAUAUCUUCGUAGGUCUCCAGGCUCAACUAAGGUACAUAAUCUGCUACCUUUGGGAGCCAAAAUCUAUUCCUAAUAAGCCUGGAAAAUUCAUCCUGCAUGAAAGAUAGAAAACUUCUAACAGCACCCUAUCUUGGGAGUAUUAAAACCCAGAUGCCAACAGCUGGCAUGUCUUAUCCCUGGGUUGUGACCUCUUGGUAACACCGUCAGUAAUGUUAAUAAUACAUUGUUCAUUCAGGGAGUCCCCUUUCUUGGGUCUGACCACUAUCCAAGGGGCUGGGGGGUGGUAAGGAGGGGGUCUGCCUUUGUGGCUUUCCCAGCCUCAUUGUAGAUCUAAUUUUAAGUCAUUUGAAUAACACCCAGUGCUUGUAAAAACUCACCUCCACCUCCAAAAAUUAUUUCAGUGACAUGCAGUUUCAAUUACUUCCUGCACUGAAAGGAACCCUCUUUAAUCUGGCCUCGGGGAACCAGAUAACACCCACAUAAUAAUUUUUUUCCAACUCUAUGUGUGGUUGUCAGAUUUCAGGGUAAAUUUGCCCCUAGUAUAUGUCAGGGUGUUUUGUGAGUCAUUUUUUAAAAGGAUUUUGUUCUACUUUCUAUACCAGCCUAUAUUGUUAAAAUCAUCAGAAAUGUGUGAAUAUUUUAGGAUUCAAAGCCCACCAAAUAAACCUGUUCAGAAGUGGGCAUAUGUGGUCAGCCUUGAAAAUAAUCGAGCACUUCUCUCUCUGAUAUUUACUGAGAACUCACCCAGUAACCAGGGUUUCUUUUUAUGCAGUGGAAAGAAUGCAUAUUUUUCUUCUAGGAACUCUGGUUUUGUACUUUUUUCACUGAAAAAGAAUAACAUUCCUGUGCGGCUGUUUCUAAAGUUAUGUUCCUUUGCAUUUUCCCUCUCAUACUCAAAGCCCUGAUUUCCUCCUGUUUGUCGGUCUAAACAGAAUGGGGGCCUGGGGCAGAGAGGGUGAUGCAGGAACCAGAGGCAGGGGGAUGGCGGCUUUGCCGCGUCUGGUUGAGGAGCCAGCCCCUGCCGUUCUACCCACUGUCACCGCUAGGAGGCGCGCUCCCCGGCCUUGGAAACUAGCCGGUCCCACUGGCGGAUCUCAGGCCGUUGGCUCCACCUAGUGCAGCUCCCCGGGCAUUGCUGCUGCUGCUAAGCCGCUUCAGUCGUGUCCGACUCUGUGCGACCCCGUAGACGGCAGCCCAUGCUCUUGUGCAAAUCGGAAGGAACUUGCUGGGUCUGAGCAGGGUGGUGGGGGAGGGAGCUUAGCGGCGAGCCUGGGAUUCGAAGCCAGCACUCCUGCGGUUCUUGGUGACACCUUGCCUUUCUCUGCUGCUGGGGUCAUAAGGGGUCCUCAGCCCUUAUGCUUUUUCUGCAUCUGCUUUGGUGACGGCCCCUUUGAGAUUCAGCCCUGCAGGGGCCUCAGGUGUUAAGUUGGAGGUGUUCCGCCUACUGCUGGGCCGACCCGGGGCGGGUCCAUGGGGAGGAGGCACCCCGUCCCCAACAAGGGGUUCAAGAAGUCAGGUCCCCUCUGCUUAGACUGGAUCGCAGAGUUUCUAGGUGGAGACUAUAACAUUUGGGAUUUCAGAUGUCAAGGAGCUGAGGGGGGGCAAUGCAGAUCCUUGCAUGGUGUGCGCGUGUGUGCGCAUGUGCGUGUGUGUGUGCUUGCGUGUGCACCAGGGGGAACGAGUGGAUAUGUGAACAGGUGGGUCUGACUCUUCCUGCAGUCAAGGUCAGGACCGGCUGCAGAAUUCGUGGGCUGAGUGCAAAAUGAGACGGUGAGGCCCCUUGUUGAGAAUUGUGAAGAAUUUCGAGGUGAUGACAGCAGAGAAUGAAACCAGGAGUGGGUCCCCCUAAGCACAGGGUCCCCGUGACUGCACAGAUCAGACGCCCACGAAGCCGGCCCUGGUCACUGUCUUUUCAGUUGGUUUCUGGAGCAGGUGGGGCUUCACCUUCUGCUUCUUACUUUGCAAAGUCUCCCUGGCAGGCUGUGGAGAACUGGGCUGGUAACACUUUUCAAAAUGUCUGCUUUUAAAAGCACAAAUGAUCUGGAUCAGUCAGAGGUGUAGGACUCAAGCCCCAAGAUGACAGAUGAACCUGGUCUGUGGGCUCCCAGUCCAUGGCGGGCCACGGGUGCCGAGAGCCCUCCGAGUCCUUACCAUUUAACCCACUGAUUGGAAAUAAAACCCUUCCUUUUAGUCGUCCACCGGGGGCUUUUCUCCUCUUUGCUUGUGGGUCAGACAGGCUCCUCUAGCCUCUGCCUUCUAAGUGACCAUCUGAGUGAUGGCAACAACAAGCAGGGAGCUGGUGGGGGUGGGUGGUGCCCGGUGCCCCUUCCCCGGGGCUGGACGCUGCUCCUCCAUCUCCUCUUCCUGGAGAGAGUGAAGCCUGCCCAGGCUGGGCGCUGGGUACACAGGUGUCUGGAGGUACCUGCUACUGAGACGCAGCGACUUCCCAGUUGGGGUGUCUGCCAUAGGAUCCCGCCUAUGAGGGGGAUGACGGGAGGAGAGACCCCACUGUGUGAGUAGCCUCGGGUUCUAGAAGACCAGCUGCCAGGGAGGCAGCUGACACAGGAGCCGCCCCUCCUGCUGUGUGCUGGGUCUUACUUUCUUUCACUAGCACUUUCUAGCGCUCAGCAGGACACUCCAAAACCUUUGCUUGACCUUUGCAAAUCAGUUGCACGUCUACCUACACAGAGCAAUAAUCCUAUGUUUCCUGAUUCUGUCUGGGAUUAUAAAGUUUGCUAAGUAAAAAUACUGACAGAAAGUUGAAUAGAGAUAUCAAAUUCAUCUUGCAUGGGUUUGGUUGUGUCAUUUUGAAUGAAAUAACAAAUUAUAGCUUUGUUUCUACUUGUAUUGCAAUCAUCCGGACUACUAAAAGUUCAGAAAGUGUUUUCUAGAGGCAGUUAAUUAAUAUUGUGUCAGUGUUAGUUUUCACGAGUGAACAUUUUGUUGUACAUUUUACAAAUCAACAUCCUUAAAGUGUUGUCUGGUAAAUAUUCACCAUCAUACAGUAGAUAUUCUAGCAAGAUCUUUGGUAAUGAUAUUUAUUUUAACACAUGCAUUUAAAAUGUACAUUGCCAAUAGCCCAAGUGUCUUUAAACUGUAAAACCAACUUCAGAUCUUCUUUGCUGAAGCCCAAGCAGGCUGAGAUCUGUACCCUUUGGACCCUUUCUUCUACCCUUUCAUAGUCCUACCUAGACAGAGAAGUUGGCGAUCUCAUAAUUCAUGUCCUGUUGCCUUAGCUACAUCAGCAUAUAUCUUCACAUCUAUAGGUGGUUAGCAUAUGUGUAAAUACAUGUAUACAGAUGAGAGUCUGCAACAGAAUGUCCCGUGUAUGAUAAGCAGUCCUCAGCUCCUGGUUUUCUGCAUUUUAUAUAGUUUGCAGCUAAGAAAAAUGCAGAAUUCCGCUACGUAAAGUGGAAAAAGUUAUGCUCUUUCAAUGGUUUGUCCAGAAAUCUCUGCCAUAAGUUUAUGGGAAUGUCUAUGACUCAAUGUACAUAUGGUGUGUAAGAGCUAUGCUGUUAAGUGUUGCAUAAACUAAUGCAGAUUCUGUAGUUAUAAAUAAUUAACUUGUUAUUGUAAAAUGUGAUUUGUCAUUGAGAGAUUAUUUUUCUGUAUGUAUAUGAGAGUAUUUUAGGAAUCUAAUUUAAGUGCAUAAAACUAUAGAAAAAGUUAAAAAACCUAUUCCAAGAGUAGAGAGUGCUUAAUCAGAUUACUUGGGUUCAACCCAACUAAAUUUCAUAUAUUAAAAAGAAAACCAGAGUUGCAUAUGUUAGACAUUCAAAGGAGUCAUUUUGGAGGGACAAAGAAAAUGUGAAGUUGAAUGCAACGGGUGGUGUUAUGAUAAGAUGAUGAGUGUCCUCUAGCCAUGACCUUGGGUGAGACCCCUGUAUUUCAUUAAACAGGUAACUUGUUCGGGAAGGUGCUUGUGUCAGGAAGGAUAGGAGGCUUGAGAGUCUGGUUCCCAUCAGAUCUGAGUGAUGUGCUCUGGAAGCUUCCAUAGGUUCUGGAGGAUGGGCCAGGAAUCUUGGGUGGAGCAACCGUUCUUCUAGAAAGUUCCGAAUGUCCUGACUUCCGGGUCACCCUUUGCAGUUCUCUUUCUGAAUAGACUCAACGCAUCCCUUUGGUGUUUGCAUUUUCCUUUCCUGGAGGCAUCCUCACUGUCCCCACUGUGGCUCUCCUGUGUUGGGUGAAGGAUGAAGUUUGGGGCUUUCUGGGUUAAGCUGUUCCCGGCACACAGGACAGGCAGCACAGAGCAGCCUUCCAGCUGCUUGUGUCCAUGAUGGAGACCUCAAGGCAAGAGGCCUUCCUCUUUUCCCUGUCCCAGAAAAGGGUCAGAGGUCCAGGCUGCUUCUCGGGCACAGACUUCGUUUGUAUCCUUUGCCACCAGAAAUGUCCCCACAGGCCACCUAAGGAUGGAUACAACGCAAAAUCCUAUGAAACUCAAGAUGCAAACCCCCGAGAGGUGCGUUUAGAGGUCCUUUCAGGAGGAGGCAAUCCUGUGAGGUCAGCCUCCCUCGUCAGGUGGGGAACGAUGGAGCGGUGAAAAAGGCCAAGUUCCUGGUGAGCCGCGGGUGUUGCAUACAGAUCGCUGUGUGUGGGACGCUGAGGGCCCUGGCUCAAAAGGACGUAUAGGGAAUGUGUGCCUUAGGUUUUCAACAUUUCUUUCAAUGAGCUGUAUGCUUCCCAAUGCUGUCAACCAACAGUCCAAGUCCUUUUUUGAUACACCUGAAAUUGGCAAAUGCUGGCGUGUAAGUGACCUCCUGGAAUUCAGGGUUCAGGGGGCGCAGGGAGCUGUGAUUUUUGGGAGCUUCGUGGAAUCUGUUAUCAUAGGAGUGAUCUGAAAAUCACCUUGAGGAACUGUCUGGGUGGAUGUGAGUGACUUCUUUUCCAAACAUGGAGCUGUUUAGGGAUCUCUUUGUCCAAGGUGGCCUGGGAAGGCCAUCUAAAGCUAGCCAGCAGAAGUGGAUAAGCUCCUAUCGACCCACCCAGAGUAAGUCCUGACCUCCUUCCUUGGCACCAAGUCCUCAUGGCUGGUGUGGCAAGAGGGCUGUAUGUGGAGAUAAGUCAGCCAGUCAACCACCCCUUGGGUCCUGCUUGUUCCAAUGAAGUCUGGGGUCAAGAAAAGCCAGAGAACGUGGGGUCCUGCUCAGCAGUGACCAUUCCAGUUAGCCUUCACUUAUUUAGAAAAGAACGUAUCGGUCCUGACACGAGUCCCUUGUGUUUCCAGCGGCAGAUGGGUCACAGUGCUGGGGGCAUGUUGCUCCCCUCACAGCCCUGCCCGGGGGGUGGGAUGAGCCACUCCACCUCCCCGACGGACACCCUGUUGACUGUAAUAUACUUCUGUUGCCAAAUAACGGUACUGUUUAAUUUCCCAUCAAAGGGAGACUAUAUUGUUUGGUGUGUAAUGUCAAUGGAGUUCCAAAAAUUACUAGACACUAUUAUAAAUUGUAGAAUUCUGUAUUUGUUUGAUGAAGCAGGGCCAAGACAUUAGGUUUCUUUUCUAUUUAAAAGAAGCCGAGGUUAGGUUUGCUCUCUGAGCAUUCCUUUGGCACCUUAUUAUGUAAGAAAUGUUAAAUUUGAUUGAUCAAGAUUAUCGUAACUGAGUGUUAUUUUCUUUAAACCAGUAGCAACAUCAAUACAGAUGGAUAUUUCUGUGUAUCUGGAAUCUAAAAAGAACAAUCUCUUCCAAACAAUUCUUUGGUCAUUUUGACCUGUACGGUUUAAAUUCACAUAGUUCAUGAAUAAAAGGAGAAAAACCAACCUUGUUACAAUGGAUUGCUUUGGGUUCUUUCUGCCCGUCUUCCUUUCUGAGCAGACUGUUUGCUUGUUUAGUUGUUAAGUCUUGUCCAACUCUUUGUGACCCCAUGGACUGUGGCCCGCCAGGCUCCUUUGUCCAUGGGAUUCUCCAAGCAAGAAUGGAGUGGGUUGCCAUUUCCUUCUCCACUAUACAGCUGUAUCUGUCAUCUAUCUAUCUGUUUUUGAACAUCUUGAUUUUUAAGAACUGCAUAGUAUCCCAUUGCUUGAAUAUAUUCCAGUUUACCCUAAUUUUUAAAAAGAAUCCUGAAUGGUUGUGUGUUGAGGCUGCUUUAAAAUUUUUAUCUAGAUUAAAAAAAAGUGCCAUGAAGACUGUCACUGUA